AUGUUCUGCCAAAAUUGUGGGGCGCAUCUCCCAGCAGAUGCUAAUUAUUGCCAUCAAUGUGGUUCGACGAAGAAACGAUCACUGGAUUCAAGUGAUCAAAAAGUAAUCGAGGCAAAAAGAUCUCGACAAACUGCCGGUUGCGAAGUAUCAUUUGAGGCGUUUAUGGAGGCGAAGGGGAAAGAAAGGGCUGCUGGUUUCAAAGCCAAGAAAACACAAAAAAGCAAGUCACAGCAACCAUUUGAAGUCAAUGUUCAGAUCGGUAUUAUGCAAAAAAAAGAUGGACUUUUGCGCAUUGCCAGGGGCUCUUGCUUACCCCUCAAGAUUAGCCCAAGCGUGGGUGCUGAAGAGCUGCUGGCAAAAGCACGCGAGAAAAUUGUCAGGUUCAACCAAAAUGUAUUCGCGACCCAUGAUAUGGUAACCCUUGUUUAUCCAGAUAGAACGGAGGUAAAAAAUUUACCUGGUAGCACAGAAUCGUUCAUUUUAAAAAAGUACAAAGAAGAGCUCGGAAAACCAUAUUCCAGAAUUUAUUUUUAUUUGACUAAAACGUCAGACUUUUUGAAGUUCAUGCUAAAUGAAGCAUACAGCCCCAUCGAAGACGAGGAAGACGAUGACAUUCAAGAGCUCCUUGUUUCACCGUUUGCGGCAACUGACUGUGCAAUGCCAUCAACAAGAGACCCAGAAGCAUCAACAUCUAAGAAAUUUGAGCAUGAAUCUGAAGCCCUUGAAACUGCUUUGUUACAAGCCGCUCAAAUUGAGAAUAAUCCUGAGACAAUAAUAAUUGAAAAUAUUGUUGAAGGUCCUGCAAUACUGGAUGUUGUUGAAAUUUCAAAUAAUGCAGCAUCAGAGAACAACAUAAGACUUGUUAAGAUACAUAGAUCGAAACUAAGGCAAGAUAUGCUGGAGGUUUUUAACCAUGAUGAUAUUUUACAAUGCAAUGUUGAUGUAACUUACAUUGGCUAUAAUGGGCAAGAAGAAAUUGGACGUGGAGCAGGGGUUCUUCGUGAUGCAUUAACAUCAUUCUGGAAAGGCUUUUGUAAUGCCUUAAGUGUUGGUGCUCAGAGUAAAGUACCUGCAAUUCGCCAUGACUAUCAAAAGAAAGAGUGGGCAGCUGUAGCCAGGAUCUUGCUGUUUGGAUUUAUGAAGGAGCGUUACUUUCCACUGGUUUUGUCCCCAGCAUUCAUAGCAGCAUGUUUGUUUGGGGAAGAUGGUGUCAGUGAUGACUAUCUGCUGAAAUCGUUUUAUAAGUAUAUAGGUGAAGAAGAAAGAGAAGCAUUGAAGAAAUGCAUGAGUGAUGACUUUGAUUCUACAGAUGAGGAUGUGUUAGAUUUUCUAUCUAGUUACAAAUGCUAUAAACAUGUUACCAAAGAAAACAUAAAUGAGAUAAUUCAUCAACUUGCCCAUCAAGAAUUAAUUCAACGACCCAAAUAUAUAAUGCAUUGCUGGUCCCCCUAUUUGAAGAUAUUGCUGCAGUUUGAUGAUUUUAAAUCAGUGGAAGCUCUUGAAAAUUUUUACAAUCAAAAAAAGCCAACACCAAAAAAGUUGAUCAAACUUAUAGAUGCAAAUCCAUCAAAUGAUGCAGAGAGGAGCUGUUUAGAUCAUCUCAAGCGCUACAUCAAGUCCUUGCAAUGUACCUUGCUAGAAACAUUCCUUCAAUUCAUCACAGGAAGUGAUAUCCUCUUGUGUGACAGCAUAGCAAUAUCAUUCAGUGAUUUAUUAAGUGAUCCAGUUCAGUCUGGCAAAGGUAGAAGACCAAUAGCUCACACAUGUGGACCAGUUUUGGAGCUGCCAUCUACAUAUCAGUCGUACAAUGAACUAAGUGAGGAAUUUACAGAACUCUUGAACAACAAGGAUUCAUGGGAAUACAAUAUUGUUUGA